AACCAGAAACGACAACUUCCCUGAAUAUGUCAACUAGUUUAGACCUGUGGAAUAUUCCACUGAGAGCGCUGAAUAUCAACGUGAGAAAAAGAUUGGGACUGUUUUUAAAUCCGAGAAACACUGUGGCAUCAGACUGGAUGUCUGUCGCAGAAAACAUGGGUUUCUCUUAUUUAGAGAUCAAGAAUUACGAGGAUUGCCAGGAUCCAACACGGAAGAUUCUAGAGGACUGGCAAUCACGUUGUCCCGGAGCCAAAGUUGGAAAGUUAGUUUCAAUUCUGGAGAACGUGGACCGAAAAGACGUUGUGGAGGAUCUCCGAGAUCUCAUUGAGGAGGACUGUAAGAGGUACAUAGAGAAGCAGAAUGAGCCCCGGGUCCAGGUUCCUGAGGUGGACAGCUUUCCCAGAACCCCAGAGAGACAAGGCAUCACCCUGGAGGAUGACCCAGAAGGUAAUAAUGGGUUACCGGAGCUGUUUGAUGCCUUCAUCUGCUACUGUCAUAGUGACUUUGACUUUGUCCAUGAGAUGAUCCAGCAGUUGGAGCAGACGGACCACAAGUUGAAGCUGUGUGUGUUUGACCGGGACGUCUUGCCUGGAUCAUGUGUCUGGACUAUCACCGGCGAACUCAUCGAGAAGAGGUGUAAAAGGAUGGUGGUGGUGAUAUCUGAUGAUACCCUGGAAAGUGCAAUGCCUGUUGCCUUCCAGACAAAGUUUGCCCUCAGUCUCUGUCCCGGUAACGUCUCUGUCCUGGUAACGCUGAUCCUGUUGAUGUAUAGGUCUAAUGAAGAAACCUUUCCCCAAGUAUCCCUGAGGUUCCUGACGGUGUGUGACUACACACGACCCUGUUCACAGUCCUGGUUCUUCCGGCUGGCCAGGGCCCUCUCCCUGCCCUGA